CUCAGAUUCAGCACCUAGACGAGGAUAUUGAGUUGCUGCCAGUAUCCCUCGUGGGGGGGCUUGCCAUGUAUCUGCAGUCUGGCUGCGAUGGAGGUUUCCGCUCUCCCUCCGCACUCCCUCCCCUCCUCUCCUUUCUUCCUACCCCAUUACUCUUUCUCACACUCUCCUCUCACACUCUUGCGAUAUGAUUGUUCUCUUCUCACCUCAAGUAAGCGAAGAUGUAGACAGCCUGAUGAGGGCUUCCUCACGAGCAGAGAUGGAGUGGAGGGAGAGGAGCGAAUGAGGGGGCAGGAAAGACAGAGAGAGAGAGAGGGGAAGAAAUAAACAAAAACAGAGGGGGAAAUGGAGAGCGUGCCUCCUGAAUAUGUAUGAUUUGGUUCUGGUCGCGAUGCUCUACUUGGCAGCUCCAUGGCCAGUUUUAUGGGUCCCCUCCACUAACAUGCUGUCAUUUCCUUUAGGUGGCUGACGAAGAGAUGAACAACAUAGACACUAUCAGGAUCAACGCAGGUAGAGCACUCAGUAACUCUGCAGGCCACACUUAGCGGGUCUCCUUUGGGAAACUAACACAUAUGACGGCUCCCUGUGGUCAACCCCUAUAAACACAUGAGAGGGAAGGAACACAGACAAACCAUGAAAAAGAUAUACAUUGGCAAAACUGCCUUAAAAGUCCCCCGAAAUGGCGGCAAACAUCCGAAAAAGAGCUCACUGCAGGAGCAGAAGGAGGACUUACGGAAGAGGCUUUCCUACACCACACACAAGCUGGAGCUGCUGCAGAGUGAGUUCGACUCCACGCGGCAGUACCUGGAGACGGAGCUGCGGCGAGCACAGGAGGAGCUGGACAAGUUUACUGACAAACUGCGCAGAAUACAAAGCAGCUACUCGGCACUGCAGAGGAUCAACCAGGAUCUGGAGGAAAAGAUCCAAAGGAAUUCUCAGCACCACGACGAUGAGAAGCGAGCGCUUAGCAGAGAGAUCAUCGUCCUCAACAACCACCUGAUGGAGGCAAAGCUCACCAUCGAGAAGCUACAAGAAGACAACGACAUGUACAGGAAGGACUGUAACCUGGCUGCUCAGCUUCUCCAUUGCAACAAGUCUCUUUACAGGGCGCAGCUCUCCGAGCUGCCGGCUGAUUUUCAGGAGCGACUGACCAUGCACAUGGAGGAGCCUCCUCUCUGCCACACUUACUCCGACUCUGUCCCGGCCUCUCUCAUUGGCAAAGUGCUGGAGAAGCCAGACAAGGCCUGCAGCAGCUGCCAGGCCUCCCGCUCCCCCAGCCCCCAAACCCAGGACCAUGCGUUUAUCUUGGAGAGCUUGGGACCAGGAGAGCGGCUGGGGCUCCGCGCAGCCUACAAAUCUGACCUGUACAGCAGCGACACUGCGCUGUACUGCCCUGAUGACCGGCACCGUGAGCGGAGGCCCAGCAUGGAUCUCCACGGUCAGAGGAAGCUUCUAUACGGGCCCCAAAUCUCCACCGACAGCAACCCAGAGGAGGGCUCUGUGGGCUUGAGGGUUGGCUUCUCCCAGGAGCACUUUGCGAAGUUCCCUGCCACACUGGGUGCAGGCUCCAGCUCCUACUCCAGCUUCAGUGGAGGGGGGUCCGAAGACAAAGGCAACGGUCCGCCCAGCAGUGCAGCUUCCUCCCCGCACCACCAUUCCCUCUACAUGGAGUGGAGAGAUGCAGGGGACUAUGAGAGAAAGAGUGACUCAUCCUGGGAGAGGGACAGUCCAAGAGGCUUUGCUAACGCACAUCCCUUCCAGCAGACGGAGCUGAGCCACCACCAGAACGGCAGCUCGCCUGUCUACAGCCGCACCAUGUCCUCCUGCUUCAGCGAGCCGUAUGAGCCGCUCCCUCCCUCUUCAUCCCCGAGCGUUGCCUACGGAGACAGCCGUCGAGGCAGCACAUUUGCCCCCGAGGAGGAGGAGCUGAUUGGUCGAUGGAGACAACUUAGCGUGGAGGACUUGAGUGCCCACACCUACCGCAGCCCGGGCCGGGCCUCCCCUUACAGCUUCUCAGAGCAGCACUUCUCCGUCCGGCCUUCCAAGAUCCGACUCGGCCCGCUCUACAGCAGCUUCCAGGAGGGGGCUGACUGUUACCAUCACGGAGGGGGUGUCGCGGACCCGCCGUGGGUAGCCACCAGCCCAAGCCCCGACUGCAGCCCAGGGCUGCGGCAGGCUCAUAGCCAAGCCCACCUGUACCGAGCCGAGGACAGCCAGGGGUCGGAGCACAGCCUCUACCACUCAGGGAGCUCCAAAGACAGGGAGGGUAACGUGGCAGCUGGCGGCCAGAGCACGGAUUAUGUAGACCCCAGCCCCAACAGCUCUACCGAGUCUCUGAACCAGAGGUCCCUGGAGAUGGCCGCAGAACUGCAGCACUACCAAGUGGAGAUGCACAGCCUGCCUGCACAGGAGAGCCAGUUGCCACCACCGCCCCCACCCCCCCUUCCUCCGUACAACCAAAAAUUUGGCUCCUUGGGACUUUCCAGGAAGGACAGUCUGACCAAGGCCCAGCUCUAUGGGACACUUCUGAACUGAAGACGCAAGGCCCCUGCUAUGUCCGGCUACACCUUCUGUUGAACAUGUAACUAUUGCUGAGUAUUUAAAAAGCUUUGAUCUUAUGGCAAUGGAUGGCAACAGUUUACACUACAAUUGUCCUGAGCAAGUACUGUAAGUCACGUUAAAAGAGUUGGAUGGUGAGAAGCUCAAGCAGCACGUACAAUUUGUAAGAAUGUGUAUGUAUUUAAAUUACAAAUGUAUAAAUAUAUACUUAUAACUAAAAAUUGAGUGAUAUAUUUUGUAUGUAGCUGUUAGCAAGAUAUACAUCCAAAUCAAUCCAACGAAAUGCAAAUCCUCUUGAUAAACCGGGAACUUGUAUAUAGAUUAAAAACUGCCAAUCCUAAAUUUGAAAACUCAGAGAGGUAAUUUAAUUGAGAACUGACGCGCAUAUAAACUGCACAUAGAUUCAGUCCUUAUUUUGAAUGGACUGAAUCAGUGCUGGCCUUGUGAGGCUUUAAGUGUUAAUGUUGAACAUAUGAGGACAACAAAA